AUGACAUUCUCAUAUAAGAAAAGAAAUAGGAUACCUGCUUCAUGUACAAUCUGUAGAAAGCGAAAGGCUAAAUGUGAUCGACAAAAACCAACUUGUGGUGCAUGUAUAAAGAAAUCAUUAUCUCAUUUAUGUUUCUAUGAAAGUGAUAAACGAACAUCAACAUCAACAGGUUCAUCAUCCUCAUCAUCCACUGCUACUACAAAUGAACCACCCAAACCAAAAUUAUAUCUGUUACCCCCUCCACCACAACCAAAUUCUCAACCAGUAUCCCCCGCAGUAGGGCCACCACCACCACCACUAACCCCUACAAGUUUCCCUCGACCACCUCCUCCAAUUCAACAACAUUCGCAACCAUUAAUUCGUAAUACAUUGCCUUCACCUUAUAUGGCAUCUAUCCCUCCAAUAACAUUCAGAUCACAAACUAUGCCACAACCAAUUAUUACAAAUACCCUUUUACCUUUACCAACAGUUGCAACAACAACAACCAAUAUUCCAACUAAAAGACCUGCCCCUGGUGAUAUCAGUAAUAAUAAUAAAGCAUCAUCUUCGAAUAAAUCAACACCACUUUCCACUGGUAUAUCACCAGUUUCAAAUAAUGGUACAUUCUACCCUCACCCAUCCAGUACAUCGAGUACUUUAUCAUUUCCAAUGUCAGAAACAAGAUAUGGUAACACUCCUAUCGAUCAACAACAACAACAACAACAACAACCACUACCACCGGUUCCAAUACCUGCACCUAUCCCACCCAUACAAGCAUUUCCACUAGCUGAAUCAAUGACAGUAUCAACCUCAACAUCCUCCUACAACAAUGCCAACACCACUAGUAGUAACGAACAAGGGGGUGAUUCAGUCUAUAGCCACCCCUUAGUCUCCAUCCCCCUCGGACCCAAUUCUUCACUUCAAGUAAGUCCCGAAGAUCGAAUGAAUGUAUUCACAAAUGCCAGUUUUUCAUUGAAUUUAGAAGGUCCAAUCUGGCAACAACAUGGAACAUUGUCAUAUAAUGGAUUGACUAAGAGUGAUCCGUUUAUUAAGAUUUUGAGAAAUUUUACUAUUCAUUUAUUAAAAACGGGAGAAAUGACCGGGUUUAUACAUACUGAACAAGCAGCAGCAGCAGCAAGAAAUAAUAAUAAUGGGAAUGGAAUAGUGGGUGGGGAGAAUGAGAAUUCUAGAAAUGGAAAUGGGAACGGUCAUAAUGAUGAGGGUUCACCAUUUGGUAAGACGCCGAUGGUGAGGUCUGAUUCCGAGAAGACUUCACCACAGUCGAUUGUUAGUGUGGAUUCAGAUAGGAGUCAGAAUAAGAAGAAAAAGAAGGAUAUACCGUCGGUGAAGGAUUUAAUGGCGGAGGAUAUACUAAUUGUCAACAAGAUAGCGAGGACAGGUAGUCAAGCUCAUGAAAUUGCCGCGGCGGCGUCUGAAAAUAGUAAUAAUAGUAAUAGAAUAGAGGAUUCAGAUACGAUAAAUACAUCAGAAAAGAGUCCUCAAAAUGGGAUUAAUAUCUUACCUGGAAUUGAAUCAAUAUAUAAUGGAAGAAAAGACAAGUCAGAUUAUUAUAGAUAUGUUGAACGAAUCCUAUUAUCCAUCCUCCCGGAUAAACUCAACCUGUUUGUCCUCUUCUCACGAUAUUUCAAAUAUGUCCAUCCUUUCAUCCCCAUCAUUGAUGAAAAAACCUUCAUGAUGGAAGUCAAUACCCCAUUAGACCAUUUCCCCAGUUUUAACCAGGAAUAUUUCUAUCAAGUCACCAUCAACUCCGACAACGACCUUCAAAUCAUGGGAAUCCUCCUCCUUAUAAUGCGAUUAGGAUACCUCAGUCUCGUUCACAAUGACGAUAUCUACAACACCUACACCCCGAAUGAACAACGACUUAUCAACGACAUGAAACGAAUCGACUCCUCCACAUUCCUUAAUGCAAUCAAUCUCUGUAUCGGCGGCGGGGAUUCCUUAAUCAGACCCAAAUCAUCAUUCAAACUAGUUCAAUUAUUAACCAUGUUAUAUUUCUACCGUCAUGUUGUUCCUGAUGAUUGUCAUGGGAUUUCGGGGGCGGAUGCGCAUAUUUUAUUCGGGGUGAUUGUGAGACAUGCCAUGAGUAUUGGCUUAAACCGGGAUCCAACCUGUUAUGUCACCCAUAGUAGUAUAUGUCGGUCGGAGCCAUUGAUUAGGACCUGGAGGGCACUUUGGCAUUAUUUGUGUUGUAUGGAUGCUGUGAGCGCGAUUCAUACGGGGACGAAUUUGAAUCUUAUGAAUAUGGAUAUAAGUGAUGUUCAAUCUCCCGUGGAGGAGGAGGAUAAUGGGAAGCUGGUGGAGAUGGAUGAGUUUAUUGAGAAGUAUAUUAUGAUAUCUCAAUCAUAUAGGAAUAUCGUGAAUAAGAUAAAUAAUGUCCGAGAAAAACCGAGGAUUGUGGAUAUUUUAAUGGAGACUAAUCAAUUGGAGAAGGUGUUUUUUGAAUUUUUUGGCAAAGAUUUCUUUAAGGAUGUGAUUUGUAAACCGGCAAAAGUUCCUCAGGGGAGUGAUGGGUUUGAUAUAAGUAGUAAAGAACAUCGUGAAAUGUGUGUCAAGGUGGCGAAAUAUAGUCUUUUUGUCCAAUUGAGAACCAAUCUUUCCGGAAUGUAUUAUAUGAUUGCCCUACAUUAUGAAAACGUCUAUAAUGAAUCCAAAACCCCAUCAAUGAAUGCUGGGAUCGAAUUAUUUAAAAUCUAUAUCAAAAGUGUGGUUCAAUUGGUAUAUAUCAUGUCAUAUGUCUUGGAUAAUUCGGUGGAAUUAUUUGGGAAAAACUUUGAUUAUUACCUCACAUCGCAAAAUGAAAGAUAUAUGAUGAAGGCACUUUCAUUCCUAACUUCAUUCUUUUUCCGACUCCUCCAUGAAAAGAAAGAACUUUCAUUCAAAGUCUUCAAAGACCCCGGGGUGAAGCCCCGCCUAGAUGUCAUUGAUUCAUUAUUCACCAUGGUCCUACUUGAAUCAGAACUCUUUGUUGGGAAUUUCCGAAAAUUAUCAAGAACAUAUAUAAAUUCAUAUCGAUUAUAUACAAUCACCUACAUUAUUCUUAAACAAUGUGUUGAGAACCCGGAUGCGUUUUUUGAAAAAGCAGUACAUGAUCAUCGAUUCUUUCAUCAUGGUACAAAUAUGAUUGAAUUCUUCACGGUGGCGGAAUUACAACAUUUAUGUCGUCUCUGUGGGGAGUUUAGGAGUGCCAAGGAUGAACAAUUAAAAUUGCGACAAAAGCGAAGAAAUGAUGCUGCUUCUGCUGGAGAUAAAAAACAACAACAGCAACAACAACAACUGACGGAUAAUUUGAGACCGGAGAUUAGUAAAUAUAUGAAUAACUUCACGCCGUCUGCGUCGGGGGCCAGUUCGAGUUCUGGUUUGAAUAAUUUCCCAAGUAUAGGAAUACUUGAUGAUGAUAAUGAUGAUAAGAUUUUUAGUAAUUUGAAUAAUUUGGAUGAGGAUAUGUUUGGAGUGCUGGAUUCAAAUAUUGAUUUGCUGAAAUUGUUUGAAAUUUACGGUGAUAUUGGUUUGGAGGUGUAA